GUCUCAAAGGGGGACAACGGCAACCAGAGCUUGAGCCGAAAAAUGAAGAAAGUACCUAUAGGAAGAGCGUCAGCUUUAGUCCGCCAUGGGACUUCUUUCACCUGUAGGUCAUUCUGCUCUGCAACGUCGACCUUCUCUUUGAAGAAAGUGACAAAGACCAAUUUCGAUUCAGCCCUCGAAGAUCUCCGAGGCCAUGUUCGCGACGCCGAUUUUGUCUCCAUUGAUCUCGAGAUGACCGGAGUCACGAGCGCUCCAUGGCGAGAAUCUUUCGAGUUCGACCGCUACGAUGUUCGGUAUCUCAAAGUGAAGGACUCUGCCGAGAAAUUUGCCGUCGUUCAGUUCGGCGUAUGCCCCUUCCGCUGGGAUGCUUCCAAGGAAUCUUUCGUUGCUCAUCCGCACAAUUUCUAUGUAUUUCCUCGCAAAGAGCUUCCUUUCGAUGGCCCAUCUUAUGAGUUCCUUUGCCAGACAACCUCUAUUGACUUCUUGGCCAAAUAUCAAUUUGAUUUCAAUGCUUGCAUCCAUGAAGGAAUUUCUUAUUUAUCCAGAACACAAGAAGCUGAAGCGUGGCGUCACUUCAAUUUGGAAUAUGAGGAUGACUUAUCUAAAGAAGUCAGAGAUAUACCAUUGAUUAGUACAGUGGAUGUUCUUUUCACUGAGCGGGUAAAGAACAGAUUUAGAGAAUGGCGUGAUGGGUUGUUGCGGAAUACAAAUGUGGGGUCUCAGUUUGAGGGGAACUCAAAUGACUCGAAACAAAAAUUUCAAACUGUUUUCUUCAAGAUGCGUCCAGCUCUUACACUGAAGGGGUUCACUUCUCAUCAAAUGAGAUUGAUACAGCUGGUCAUACGACAACAAUUCAAAGAUCUUGCUUAUGUAUGUGUGUAUGGUGAAGAUUUCGUUGAACAAAAACUUGUUGUUUACACAGACUCUGAGGAUGAUAAACACCUGCUUAUGCAAGAGGUAAAGGAUGGGUUACACAAGGAAGCGGAGAGGAAAAUUAAAGCUGCGGUUGGCUUUCGACAUGUUAUUGACCUUCUUUCCUCAGAAAGGAAGUUGCUUAUUGGUCAUAAUUGCUUUUUAGAUAUUGCACACAUAUAUAGCAAAUUUUUUGCUCCACUCCCUUCAGCUGUGGAAGAAUUUGUAUCUUCCUUUCAUAAAAAGUUCCCAUACAUUGUGGACACAAAGCACCUCUUGAGGACCAACAAUGCAAUUCAGAAUUUGAUGAAGAAGCACAGCACAUCACUAUCUUCAGCCUUUGCCCAUUUGUGUCCUGAAAUUGCUUGUGUUGCAAAGGGUUCUACUUUGCCUCAUCUCUCCUAUCUGAAGGUUGAGGUUCAAGUGGAUGACAUGAGGUCCUCUAACUGGAAUUCAGGAGCUAAGCAUGAAGCUGGUUAUGAUGCUUUUAUGACUGGAUGUGUGUUUGCUCAGGCAUGCAGUCGUAUGGGUAUUGAUUUCAAACUCUAUUCCCCAUCAACAGUCUUGGCCUACAAUGAGAAGCUUCAGAAGCACAUGAACCUUCUAUAUCUCAGCUGGAAUAUUGGAGCUGUUAUUGAUUUAAGCAGUGGGAAGGUGACUCCAGAGUCCUCAGGUUUCUAUUUCAACAAACGUCGAUAUCCAGAGGUGGUUUUCCAAAAUAUUGUUUUAUUCUGGGGAUUUCCCUCCAAGCUCAAGCCCCGAGAGUUGAGGGAGUGCAUUGCUAAAGUAUUUGGCCCUGAUUCAGUUACCGCCAUCUACUACUUGGAUAAAACUGCAUCAUUCAUCCAAUUCAGCAAGGAAGAAUUUGUGACUGGUUUCCUUGUGUUGAAGGAAACACUAGAGAGAAAUAAUGAUCCAAUCUCAGUCUUGCACCCUCUCUCCAAAUUAUUAGAAGGUGGGCAUACCCAUGCUGCCAAGUAUGAGGUUUACAAAGAGAUUUGUAGCUCUGCCAUUUCAAGAAUUUUAUUUGCAGAUCAAGCCAAUUCAGUUUGUAUUAAAUUGAGGGAAGAAUUGGAUACUCAAGAAUUGGUAAGUUCCAGUGAGAUAAGUGAAGCUGGGAACUCAAUUUCAAGUUUUGUUGCCAAAAGUGAGUCAAAGUCAACAAAGAGUAAUGAUGUGUUAAAUGAUCCGUCGUAUCGCCAUUUCUCAUGUGAUGAAAUGAACGAUGCCUUGUAUAUCAUCAAGUCUCAACUAGGGAAACAGACAAAGAAUGCUAAAUUAUGAAGCGUAUACCUAAGUUGCAGCAAAUGUUGAAUCUU